UCCUGAUGAAUGAAUGUUGGAUUGUUGGCAAGAUUCAGCACUUUAGGAGGGACAGUUGUGAACUGAAUCUUCUCAAAGUUGCAAGAUUAAGCCUAUAAGCGAAGCCAAGGUGUAAGCAGGAGUGAGAAUAAAGGCACGAUGAUGUUGGGACAAGAACAGGAUCCUGGAGGAGGGAGCCAGCCCCCCAGAGCAACAGUGUCAUUGCUCCGAAGCACAGCUAGUCAACAGGAGGUGAAAGUGGAAAAUCAAGAGGAUUUGGCCCAACUCUGGGAGACUCAGUGGCAGGAGUUCCUAAGUACAGUGGAAGCCCCACAGAUUCUUCCAGAGCCCUCGCCAUGGGAGGACGCUCACAUCUUCUUAGCUUCCUUUGAGCAAGUGGCCACAGCUUUCCAGUGGCCCAAGGAAGAAUGGGCAGCCCGUCUCCGGCCCACUCUUGGAGGAGAUGCUGAGCAAGCCUAUAGCAGGCUGGAGGUGGGAGACAGAGAGGAUUAUGGGAAAAUGAAGGCAGCCAUCUUGCAGGCGGAUGCUGUGAGCCGGGAGAAGCAGCGGCAGCACUUCCGACGUUUCUGCUACCAGGAGGCUGAAGGGCCAAGGCAGGUAUAUAAUCAGCUGCAGAGGCUUUGCCAUCAAUGGCUGAAAGUUGAGAGACACUCGAAGGAACAGAUUCUGGAAAUGCUAAUCCUGGAGCAGUUUCUGGCCAUCCUUCCACCAGAGAUGCAGAGCUGGGUCAAGAGGCAUAAUGUGGAGAACAGUGAUCAAGUAAUAUCCCUGGCUGAGGAUUUCUUGCUCAGGCAGUGGGUGCCGGAGACAACAGAACCACAG